UCUCUUGUCACUGUGGACAUAGGGAGAGAUGGGGCCAAGGCCUUUGAAGCACAAAAUCGAGCUUUCCUUGGGCGACAUGAUCCGAGUCUACCGCACCUUUCUUCUCUUCUCUUCUCUCUCUCUCUCUCUCUCUCUCUCUCUCUGGGACUUCUUCCUUUUCUUUUUUUUGUUAUUUUUUUCUUUUUUUUCUUUUGCUUCCCUUUGGUGAUGGAGAUGGGAGACCAGUACGGACUGCCGGAUCUGAGGCAAUUCAUGGCCAGACCUUCUCAUUUUCCAGCCGUUCCUCACCCCACUGAGCCCUAUCUGCACCACUAUGAGGCCAUCAUGGUGGGUAGCCACAUGGGUGAGGUGGUUGUGCCUCGUGGGUUGGUCGACUUUCAUGGUGAUUCUGCUACUGCCACAGCUACUCCUACUGCUACUGCAACUGCUGCUGCCACUGCUGCUUCCGUUGUGGGUGUUGGUGGGUUGGAGAUGGAGUGUGGUGGUGUUGGAGGAGAUGGUGGAAAUAGUAGAUGGCCGAGGCAGGAGACUCUCACUCUACUUGAGAUCAGAUCUCGGCUUGAUCCUAAGUUCAAGGAGGCUAAUCAGAAGGGACCUUUGUGGGCUGAAGUUUCUAGGAUAAUGGCUGAGGAACAUGGGUACCAGAGAAGUGGGAAGAAGUGCAGAGAGAAGUUUGAGAACCUGUACAAGUAUUAUAAGAAAACUAAAGAAGGUAAAGCCGGAAGACAGGAUGGGAAGCACUAUAGGUUCUUCCGACAACUUGAAGCACUCUAUGGAGAAACAAGCAAUCAAGCGUCAGUUUCAGAAACCCAUCUUGCUGGGAACACUACUCUUCUUUAUCAGACUACAAACAACACCACCAUUAACCAAGCAAAUCAAGAAGCUUUGCAAGACCACAAGUUCUGUGAGAGCCAUAGUUUCUCUAACUCAUCUGAAUUUGAGACUUCAUCUUCAGAAAACAAUGAUGAUGAUCUUUCAGCUAUUGCCUACAUGAUGAACCAUUCCAUGGAGAAGAAAAGAGGGGUAGAUGAUGGACAAAGUUACAGGAGGGUCAGGAAGAGUUUGAAAGGAAAAAUAAAGGAAUUUGUGGGCCUCCACAUGAAGAAGAUAAUGGACACACAAGAGGCAUGGAUGGAGAAGAUGCUGACAACUAUCGAGCAUAAAGAGCAGGAAAGGUUGUCCAGAGAGGAGGAAUGGAGGAAGCAAGAGGCAGCUCGGUUCGAUCGAGAAUAUAAAUUCUGGGCUAGUGAGAGAGCAUGGAUUGAAGCCCGAGAUGCUGCACUCAUGGAGGCUCUGAAGAAAUUUACAGGGAAAGAACUAAAAUUGUCGUCUCCAGACGGGCUAAUGGACAAGGAAAUUCAAGACCAGAACGAAAGCAUGGAGGACAUUGUAAAUGAAGUACCUGAUGACACUACUUACAGUAGAUGGCCAGAACAAGAGCUCUCAAGUUUGAUACAUCUGAGGACCAGUAUGGAAUCUAGAUUUCAAGACAGCGGGUAUUCAGAAGAAAGCCUAUGGGAGGAGAUUGCCACAAGAAUGGGUUGUUUGGGCUAUGAGCGAAGUGCAAUGAGGUGUAAACAGAAAUGGGAGAACAUCAACAUCUACUUAAACAAGACCACCGAGCACAGCAAGAAGCGCAAAGAGAAUUUGAGAACCUGCACUUACUUUCAGCCACUGGACCCCUAUCAUGGCCAGGAAAUCAUGGCCAAACAAGGCUCUGAGAAUGUAGGACUUCAGAAGAACAGUGAGGAUCAUCUUUCACCUUCUAACUCCAGCGUGGGUACCACAGUGCAUGGUAGCUGCUUGAACAUCCUGCUUGAUGAAGAACACUUGUGGGAAGAUUAUGGUGUGAAGCCGAGUAUGGGGAAAAACCAGCAAGUCUGGCACAAGUAAGAAUUUCAAGUGUUCCCUUCCUGGGGAUCUAGAUGUAACCUGAUGACAAGGUAUGAGUUAUGGCAAUGUGUGUCUCUUCGGAGAUGGGACCAUCUGUGUGUGUAAGGAAGUACUGACUACGGCCGGCAUAUAUAUUAAUGAUGAUUUCAAUCUUUUAGUGGAAGCUUCAACA